AUGGUGGCAGCAAGUUCUACAUCAACACCAACUGAACAAGUCUUUGAUCAAAGGCAAUCAGUGAGUCAUUUCUUUGAGUUUCUCUUGGCCAUACACUUUCUAUUAAUCAAAAAUCAAGUACGGGGCAAGGAAUUUAAAAACAACAUUACCUCACCCAUUGUCGAUAUACUGCAUAGUCAGUUACCAGAAUUUUAUACCUUGUCUGUCACAGGUGGAAGGUACCAGCGGUAUUAUACUCCACAUUUUGGCAGUCGUGUAAAUAACAUCACAUCAUACAUUGGAGACACAGCAACACUUUAUUGUUCUAUAAUAAAUCUGGGCACAAAAACAGUGGUAUGGCGGAAAACAUCAAGUAGACAUCCAAUCACCGUAGGAACAUUUACAUUUAUCAGUGAUAAAAGUUAUUCUAUUCAACGCCAAAUUGAAAAAAAUGAAUGGAACCUUGUUAUAAAAAAUGUUCAGCCAAAACAUGCAGGUCUCUAUGAAUGCCAUAUAUCAAGUAAAGAAAAGCAAAAGUUUAAUGUAUAUUUAAAUGUUAUAGGAAGGAAAGGUGGUGGUGGUGGUGGUUCAGAUGGAGAUAUUUAUCUCACGGGAACUUCGUUUGUGACUGUCGGUGAUCACAUAAUAUUGGUGUGCAAUGUUGUGGGUGGGGACUAUAUCCCCGAGGAUGUAGAUUGGUUCAAAGAUGGCAAUGAGAUCAAAUAUGAUUCUACACGAGGGGUACUCAUAACCAGACAGCGUUCGGUGAAUACGAAGUUUCUAUCGAGUCAACUACUGAUUAAAAAAAGUAAUAUGGAUGAUGCCGGCAACUACGUUUGCCGUUCUGGCAUGGAUGUAACCAGCUUCAAUGUUGAAGUCCUUAAUGCUACAACCAACAAUAUCCGACGCGGUCUUCCAUUUGAAGCUGUCACACUUAAGCUUGAACAGAAUUCUGUGAAGUUCAAUUGUUUGUUGCAAGCCAUCAUUAAUUACGGCAAAACUGAUGACUAUAGACUCUGUAUAGCUGAAGAUGAUGGACCACGAAAUGAAAAAAACCAUCAGAAAACUUCAAGUUCAGAAAGAUCUACGACCAUCUCCAGGAAAUGGUGGAUAGUGUUUGGAUUUAUGUCAUUAUUAUAUCAAAAUGGUGUCACAUUUUUAGAACCAUAACUAAGUACAUUGACUAGUUUUUGAAAAUAUUUAACUUUCAGACUAGAAGAAUUGAAGACAGAAUCAGACUGACAUAUCAGGCGAUCUGCAAAUAUGAAUAUCAGGAAGAAUAAGAACUGAAAUGAUGAAAGGGAUUCAGCAAAUUUCAUUUCCUCAGUUUUUUUUUUUUUUUUUUUUUUGUUACUAAAUAUAAAAAGAAUUAAAUUCUAAUUAUAAACACUAGAAAUUAACUAUUUAUUAACAUUCUUGGGAAAAAAGGUUAAUAACUAACAAACCAAUGCAUCAUGGAUUCUUCACAAUGAUUAUAAGCAGAGAAUAAAGCAUCAUUGAACAUCAGUGAUGAGAAAUAAAUGAUCUUCAGAUGCUGAAAUGACAAGCAUUUCGACAGAAAGAUUGUAGUCAAUGGAAUAAGAAACAACAGAUUCUUUUGGGCAGGAGUUUAGUUGAAAUGAAGAUCAAGAAGGAAUUGAAACCCCAAUGAAAAAAACAAAAUGAAUGAGAAUGUUUUGUAAAAAAAAAAUAAAAUAAAAGGAAACAACUGGUAAGAGAGAGAGAAAAAGAUUUUUGAAAUCACGAAAACUGAAGAAGAAUUGAUCAAAUGAGAGAAACCAGUAACAUCCUAUAAAUAUUACUUCAUCUGUUUUCACGACUGAUGGAAUCACAGAUUGAGAUACAGUAGCAGAAUUCAGAAAUAUGAAUUUUUUGUUUAGAUAACUCUGCUACAUAUUUCCCCAUAAUGGUGGCCAAUAUCUUUUUUCUUCUUGUUAUUCAGCAGGACUAUUUUCAAAAGAAAAAAAAAUUAAAAAAAGAAUUUUUUGAAAACAACUUAUUUGGAGAAAAAAAAAUUAACAAAAAAAAAUUACCAAAAAAAAAGGUAAAAAAAAUCCAACUCACAAGAACCAACAGGGUCUGUUGGUGUCUGGUAAUGUGUGUUUAUAUCUGUAUGUAUGGUUAUAGUUAGUUAAAUCUGCAAGUGCAUGGGUGUACAUAUGCGUGAGUGUACGUCUGAGUGGUGGUAUGCAUGAGUGUGUGUGUGUGUGUGUGUGUGUGUGCACAUACAGGUGUUUGUACAUAUGUGAAAUUUAUUCAGAUGAUAGCAUACGACCAGUGGGUUUCUCCUUCUCCUCCUCCUUGUACUCCUACUCCUACUUCCUGUUUAUAGUUUUUUUCUUAACUUUUGGUUAAAUGCAAAUGACUGACCACCAACACAUAAAUAUCAAUGUAUGUCUAUAUGUCUGUCUAUCCAUCUAUCCACUUAUCCACAUAGCUCUCUAUCUACCUAACAACUCUCAAUAUUUAUAUCUACACAUGCAAACAGACAGACACACUCGCCUACAUACAUACACACACACACACACACACACACUCGCACUCUUGUGAUAUUUCUCAUUUGAAACUGGUUAUUAUUUUAGUUGUUUCUGUUAUAGAUUUUUUUGUUGUAUUUUUUUAUGGUGGUGGUGGGGGCAAGAGUGAAAAAAAGACGAAGAAGAAGAAGAAGAAGAAGUAAAUUUAUCUUGAAUUCAUUUCAGAAUGAAAGAACACCUUUACAAAAAAAAAAGCAUACAUGCCAACUUUAUGUGUGUA